AUGACAGAGGACAGAUUGCCGAACCUCAUCUUGAAUUACGACUGCAGUCAGCCUGACAACGUCACCCUUCUCCUACCACCCGGCACCAACAAAACAUCCCCAUUCCGACUCUUCUUCUCAAACCUGUGCAUCACACGUCUCCCUGAGGAUAUAUGUGAUUAUCCCAACAUUGCAAGCAUACGUGCGGUGACCGGUAAAAUCGAAACAAUUCCCAGCCUUAGCUGUCUGAAGAAUUUGAUAGCUCUGGUACUUGUCAACCAGGAAGUUAAAUCUGUUGAGACGGGUGUGUUCGUUGGUUUGGAAAGGUUGAGAUACAUCGACCUUGCUUAUAACAAAAUACAUACUAUUGAGCCAGGAGUGUUCAGUGAAGACUUACAUGGAUUGAUGAGGGUUCAUCUUGACUACAACGAGCUGACAGCGUCUGAGGCCUGGCCGAUAAGGAUUACCCAUGAAUUCUGUGUUUUCGGCCUUAGUCACAAUAACAUAUCCCACUUUUCAAACGAAGAAAACUGCUGUUCCUCCACGUGGAUGUCACUGUGGCUCAGAUACCAACCUCGGAACUACAACGUCACCGACAUCACUUGCUUGAUGCCAGCGGGCAAUACGGUACAGCUUGUACGAGCGGACCAAAGGUUACUUAACUGUCAGAUUCGCAGUCCUUUUCCUAAGAUAUUCAGCGCCCUGUUGGGAACAUUUGCAGUCAUAUUUGUGCUUUUGGUGGCCCUUGUUGUGGUGUUUCGGUAUGAAUUGAUGCACCUUCUUCAUACGGGUGCAAAAAAGCUGAAGCGAACUAGCGAUGAGGACUCGGAGUACGAUUUGUUUGUGUCGGUGGAUGGAGAGAGUGAGUCUGACCGAGUCUGGUCCAAGAAACUGCUUAAUGGACUGGAGCAGAAUCACAACCUCAGACUGUACUUCCCGCUCCGGGACAUGGACCCGGGGACAGUGAUCACUGAUAAAGUUAUCAAGACGCUCCAGAGAAGCCGCGCAGCUGUCAUUGUGCUAUCUAGUAGCUAUGUGGACAAUCCCUCCAAGAUGUUCGAGUUCACGGAGACCUACAAUAUCAUGGUCAAACAGCGUCGCGGCCGUGUGAUUGUCGCCAGGCUCGACAACGUCACCACUGCCACCAAUGGCUAUCUGAACGCUUUUCUAAGACUCAAGAAGUAUAUAGAUGCUGACAACUGCGACUUGUUCGAAAAGAUCGUGCAUGAGGUUCAGGAGGAGAAAUCUCAAAAUUCUCGAUCUCGAUCUGUGAGCCAAGUUGAAAUAAUGGCUUAA